CUCCAGAGUGAAGUGGAGAGACCUUUGCUGAUAUUCCGGGAGAACUUUAAGAAGGACAUGAAGAGGUUCGACCAUCACAUUGCUGACCUCAGGAAGCAACUCGUUGGUCGAUAUGCUGCCGUGGAGAAGGCCCGUAAAGCUCUGACUGACAGACAGAAAGAGCUGGAGACCAAACUCAGCAACAAGAGUGAAGAGGAGAUCAAGAAGGCUCGCAGGAAGUCUACACAGGCAGGGGACGAUCUGAUGCGCUGCGUUGACCUGUAUAACCAGUCUCAGUCCAAAUGGUUUGAGGAGAUGGUCACCACCAGCCUGGAGCUGGAGAGGCUGGAGGUGGAGCGAGUCGAGAUGAUUAGACAACACCUUUGUCAGUACACAACACUUCGACACGAGACAGACAUGUUCAACCAGAGUACUGUGGAGCCCGUGGACCAGCUCCUGCAGUGUGUGGACCCAGCAAAAGACAGAGAACAGUGGGUGCGGGACAAUAAGACCGGUGAAAUCAGGCCAGUGGACAUAGAGAUCUGACCUCCCAUCUGAGCCCAGAAACUGUGGUCCAGAAGCUCCAACUCUGAGGAUGUGACUAUGAGAGGAGGUCUGUGAUCCGGAUCAGUACCAGCCCGUAAACACUGAUCCAUAUGUGACUUGGAUCAAACACAUCCAGACAUCCUCCUGAUGAGAGAGAUGAUGUCAGUAUUUGGAAGAAGUUUAAGCUUUGACCUAACAAAAUGAUUCUUAGUUCAGAAAAAGRAAGUGUGAAUUCUUUACAAAAAAUAAAUAAAUAAAAACUCAGGUGAGGCGGAUGAUGAAGCAGCAUCAACAGUGUAAAUGUGUACAUAUUAAACAGCUUUAUGUCACACAGCAGUGAAACUAUAUUAACUGCAAUCUUUUUAAUAAACUAUAAUACAAAAUGCAGUUAAACCUA